AUGUCACAUGAACGCAGCACGCCAUCAUCACCGCGAUCUGAGGAUUUUGCGACCUCCCAGCCUACUACUCAACAAUUCGCAUCGACUUUGGCAUUUGGAGGAGGCGAUUCACCCAUUACUAGAUUGGAGAGAAUAGCUAGAUCAAGGGCGGAAUGGGAGUUUAAUGCAUUUGCGGGGGCGGUGGGUGGUUUUGCUUCUGGAGUUGUUACUUGCCCACUAGAUGUCAUUAAGACGAAAUUACAAGCACAAGGAGGUUUCAGAGCAGCACAAGGAUUGGGUUCACAAUCUGCUGGACAAGCGGUUUACAGUGGUUUACUUGGAACAGGAAGAGUCAUAUGGCGGGAAGAAGGGUUGAAAGGACUGUACCGGGGCCUUGGUCCGAUCAUCCUUGGUUAUCUACCAACAUGGGCAGUUUGGUUUACGGUUUAUGGCAGAUCAAAACAGUUUUUUGCACAGAAAAGUGAUAACACGGUAGUGGUAAAUUUUUGGUCCUCGAUAAUGGCUGGAGCCUCAUCUACAAUGGUUACGAAUCCCAUCUGGGUUAUAAAAACUCGCCUCAUGUCGCAAGUCAGUCGAAAGGCAAAGAGCAAUGGAGCUAGACCACCUUGGCAUUAUCGUUCAACUUUCGAUGCCGCAAAAGUGAUGUACAGGACUGAAGGAAUUUUAUCAUUCUAUUCCGGUCUGACUCCUGCAUUACUUGGCUUGACACAUGUGGCUGUUCAAUUUCCAACUUAUGAAUAUUUGAAGAAAAAGUUCACAGGUCAAGGCAUGGGAGAAUCUGCGGAAGGUGACGAGAGCGCUCAUCUAUUCGGAGUACUAUCCGCUAGUGUGCUCAGCAAGAUUAUAGCAAGCUCUACCACAUAUCCCCAUGAAGUCAUUCGAACAAGACUUCAAACUCAACAAAGAUCCAUGCCAGCGGCCUCAACAGAAUACAGUGCAUUUAGGGGAGGUCUAGAAGGACACUCCCAUCAACAAGGGAUUCCGAACCCCGUGACUCAAGUUAAACAAGCAGUACCAAAAUAUAGGGGCAUUGUGAUGACAUUUAAAACGAUAUUACGCGAAGAAGGAUGGAGAGCAUUUUAUGCUGGUAUGGGCACGAAUAUGAUGAGAGCUGUACCGGCGGCUACGACCACUAUACUCACUUAUGAGCCAUAUCUCUAUGAAGUUCAAGGUGGUAAGAGGUCAAGAAAUAUUUCUGCAUUUUACAGCAUUUGA